ACCCUGGAGCUGUCAACAGCUCAUGAACUUUGGGGCUUGGACCUUGCAAAGGCCAAGGGCACUUUGAUUGUGUGCUAUUGACCCUGCAAAGGCCAAGAACCUUUGGAUAUUGGGGUUUAGACCCUGCAAAGGCCAAGAGCCUUUGUGCACUGGGGUUUAGACCCUGCAAAGGCCAAGAGCCUUUGUGCACUGGGGUUUAGACCCUGCAAAGGCCAAGAGCCUUUGUGCACUGGGGUUUAGACCCUGCAAAGGCCAAGGGCAUUUGUGCACUGGGGUUUAGACCCUGCUAAGGCCAAGAGCCUUUGUGCACUGGGGUUUAGACCCUGCAAAGGCCAAGAGCCUUUGUGCACUGGGGUUUAGACCCUGCAAAGGCCAAGGGCCUUUGUGCACUGGGGUUUAGACCCUGCAAAGGCCAAGAGCCUUUGUGCACUGGGGUUUAGACCCUGCAAAGGCCAAGGGCCUUUGUGCACUGGGGUUUAGACCCUGCAAAGGCCAAGGGCCUUUGUGCACUGGGGUUUAGACCCUGCAAAGGCCAAGAGCCUUUGUGCACUGCUGUUUACUCUCCACUUGUGCCGAGGGACAGAUGGAGACCCGGCGGGGAGCUCGAGGGCUUUCUCAGCAGGGACAUUCCUCCAGAGCCCCUGAGGCACUGGUAGACGACAGUGACAGCAUGGCCAAUUCCAUCAUCUGCACCGACAAUCCUGGGAAUAGCCUCUCAACUCUGACAUCCACUGAUGAGCAGCAUCCCUUUGAAGUGGUUCGGGAAGCUACAGAGAAUUGUGGGCACAUUCAUCAAUAUUUUGAUCAAAUGGAAGGGAGAGGCCAGAGGAUCAGAAGCCGCUUCCAGCUGAUAGACCCUCUGCUAGAAGAAAUCAGGAGUGACUGUGCAAACCUUGAGAAGUCCAGGGAAAUGCAGCUGCAGUGCCCUGGAAUCCCGGAGCCAGGAGCCUUGUGUCUGCGUCUGAAGAACACCAAGCAGCAGAAGGAAACAUCAGCCCAGGCAGAACAGGCAGAACAGCAGGACAGGAUGGAGCAUGAACGGGAAUUGAACCGGCAGCGCAUGAGAGAUCUGGAAACGACGAAUGAAAUGCAUGCACCUGAGAUGGGAAAUCGUAAGGAAAACGCUCAAGAAUCGGAAGUGGAGAAGGAAGGCGUGCAGGAAGAGCUGGAGCAUGGGGCUGCUUCUUUGAAGAAAUGGAGAGAGAAGGCUGAAGUACUGACUGCUGCACUGAUGAAGAGUGAAAUUGCCAAGGGUCAUCUGAUGAAACACUUGGACAUGCUGAAGGGAAAGUCUGGUAUCCAGGCAGGCACUGGCACUGACCUUCAGUCCACUCCAGGGUCCCUGGAAGAUUCCAGUGCUGUUUCCCAUGAAGAGCAUGAACGGGAAUUGAACCGGCAGCGCAUGAGAGAUCUGGAAACGACGAAUGAAAUGCAUGCACCUGAGAUGGGAAAUCGUAAGGAAAACGCUCAAGAAUCGGAAGUGGAGAAGGAAGGCGUGCAGGAAGAGCUGGAGCAUGGGGCUGCUUCUUUGAAGAAAUGGAGAGAGAAGGCUGAAGUACUGACUGCUGCACUGAUGAAGAGUGAAAUUGCCAAGGGUCAUCUGAUGAAACACUUGGACAUGCUGAAGGGAAAGUCUGGUAUCCAGGCAGGCACUGGCACUGACCUUCAGUCCACUCCAGGGUCCCUGGAAGAUUCCAGUGCUGUUUCCCAUGAAGAGCAUGAACGGGAAUUGAACCGGCAGCGCAUGAGAGAUCUGGAAACGACGAAUGAAAUGCAUGCACCUGAGAUGCGAAAUCGUAAGGAAAACACUCCAGAAUCGGAGGUGGAGAAGGAAGGCGUGCAGCAAGAGUUGGAGCAUGGGGCUGCUUCUUUGAAGAAAUGGAGAGAGAAGGCUGAAGUACUGACUGCUGCACUGAUGAAGAGUGAAAUUGCCAAGGGUCAUCUGAUGAAACACUUGGACAUGCUGAAGGGAAAGUCUGGUAUCCAGGCAGGCACUGGCACUGACCUUCAGUCCACUCCAGGGUCCCUGGAAGAUUCCAGUGCUGUUUCCCAUGAAGAGGUUUCCCAGGAGCAAGAUUCAUCGAGCUGGUCUCUGGAGCAGCUGAGCCCAGAACCCUCUGGCCAAGGGCACGCACUGGCCCGGGUGCGCCGAGAGGAGGAGCUGCUGGGCCAGAAGGCUGACCAUGAGGGCCGACUGGCAGCCACGGAGUGGCUCCGACAAGACCUUUCCAGGCAGCUGGCAGAGACCAGGUCAGCAAAGGAGAGCCUGGAAUCCAGGCUGUUUGCUGCUCAGCAGCAGAUAUUUCAGCUGGAGGUGACCAGGAACCUUCUGGAGGCUCAAGUGCUCACAGUCACACAGGCCAAGGAGGUGAUAGAAGGACAAGUGAAGUGCCUGCAACGUGAGCUGGAAGCAGAGAGAGCUCUCAGGAGGCAGGAACGGGAAGACACAGCUCAACAGCUCCUGCAGGCAGAGCAGCAGCACCACAAAAGCCUCAGGCUUCAGGGAACUGCUCAGCAACUGGGAAUAAAGAAGCUCCUGCAAGACCUGGCAAGUGAGCGCAAAAGGCACCGUGCAGAGAUGAAGGAGAUGCUGGAGCAAUGGGAAAAAGAGAAGGCAGAGAGAGAGCAGGAGCACAGGAAGGUGCAGUUUGAGAUGAGGCAGAAAGUUGCCACCCUGCUGGCCCAACAAGAAGAACUAAUGAGAUUUGAAAACGCCAAGCGAGAGGUGCUGCUGGAAGAGCAGAAGGAGAAGAGUGCUUUAUCAGAGGCACUGCUCCAAACUCAGGAAGAGCUCAGCCGAGCCCACCAGCAGGUCCAGCAGCUCAGGCAGGAGGUGAAAGAGCAGCAGGAGAAGAGCCAGACCAUCAAGGCAAAUCUGCAAGCUGAGCUGCAGGAAGCUCACAGUGACAUCCAGGCAGCACAGAGGAGGCACGAGGAAGAGCUACAAGGCCUCAAAGAGGAAAUGAAUCUGCUCCUUGAGCAGAGGGAGGCUCUACAAAAGCAGGUGGGAGAGUUGACAUCUCAGCUGGCAGCCUGCCGAGAGUCCCAGGAAACGACUGUCCAGAGAGCCCAGCAAGAUGUGAGGGAGGCCCAGGAAGAGUUCAGGCAGCAGCUGCUGGAGAUUGAGCACGUCCAGAAGAUGCUGAAGGAGGCGGAAAAUCAGAAAAAGGAGCUGCAAGUGCAUCUGGAGUACUUGGAGAGGGAAUGGAGUCAAUGGGAAGAAGUGGCACAGCAAAAUUCAGAAUUGCAGGCUUCCGUGAAUGCCCUAGAGAGUGAAAAAGACAGGCUGAUCCUGUCUCUGGAGGAAAAGCACCAGUGCCUCAGAAGGGUGGAAAAACAGAACCUGGCGCUGAACAAUCACGCGUCUCCGUUAUUUUCUGCUCUUAAGAGGGCAGAGAAGUUCUGUUCUGAGCAGAGAAUACAAAUGCAGGAGUUCAACACCCAGAUCUGGGCCCUGCAGGACCUGCAGGUGGAGGCUUCCCAGACAACUCGAGAGAAGCAGCUGCUGCAGGAACUGCACAAGUCUGGAGCAGGAGAAUGUGCUUUGAGGGACUCUGUGGACGUGCUGGAGGCUGAGGUGUCUGAGCUGCGUGUGAGGCUCCAGAGCUCUGAUGACAAGGCUCUUGCCUUGGCCAUACAGUGUAAGGCCGUGGAGCUGGAGCUGAGGAAGACGCAGGUUCAGAGGGACAAUCUCAGAGCCCGCAGCCUGGAGCUGCAGGAGUUGGAGGAAAGUGAGAAAGAUUUGUGGAAGGCAGCAGUCAAGCACAUUUCUCGAGAAACUGCCCUGGAGAAAGAGGCCACUGAAAGAUGGGAAGAGGCUGUGACUCUUUGUCAGGAGGUGGCAUCUCUGAAGAGGAAAUUGGAGAACCUGGAGAAGGACAGGAUGGAUGUGCCGCAUGAACGGGAAUUGAACUGGCAGCGCAUGAGAGAUCUGGAAACGACGAAUGAAAUGCAUGCACCUGAGAUGCGAAAUCGUAAGGAAAACACUCCAGAAUCGGAGGUGGAGAAGGAAGGCGUGCAGCAAGAGUUGGAGCAUGGGGCUGCUUCUUUGAAGAAAUGGAGAGAGAAGGCUGAAGUACUGACUGCUGCACUGAUGAAGAGUGAAAUUGCCAAGGGCCAUCUGAUGAAACACUUGGACAUGCUGAAGGGAAAGUCUGGUAUCCAGGCAGGCACUGGCACUGACCUUCAGUCCACUCCAGGGUCCCUGGAAGAUUCCAGUGCUGUUUCCCAUGAAGAGCAGGCAAUUGGAGCACAAGUGGAACAGCUGUUAUGUGGCUCAGGGACCAGCCUGGAACCCAAGCAGCCUGUUGUAUCAGCAGAGGAAGAGAAGAAAGAGAGGCUUGAAUUAACCAGUGAGCCCAGGAGAAGUGGCAAACAGGUGGAACCUGAAAGGAGAAGAAUCAGAAUUUUUAGGAGAGUGUUCUGCCCAGACUACUUUAUGUUGCCUGUCCACAAGUCUGCCCAUCGAAAACGGUUAACUUUUACAAUAGAAGACUCCUCCAGUAGCUCAGGGGAGCAGCAGCCCUCCUGCUGAUGCACAGCCUGUGGAGAAAGGGGUGUCCCUGCUGCAGUCACAGCUGGCCCAAGACCAACAGGACCACCUGGAGAGCUGUGCAGGGAGCAGGAAGGAGACACGAGGUGCAGAAAGGACCUCCUUGCUUCCUGAACAUCUCAGAGAGGAGGCAGCAUGCCGCUGGAUGUAGUCUUAGACUUAGUCAGUAGUUUAUGUUUAAAGGAUAGUAUAGGUGAAAUUGAGUCUUUACACAACUGUGUUCCAUAGGAUGGAAGACAUAUUUAUAGAAAAAUAAAGAGUUUAUUAUGAUCAUGAUUAAACUAA